GGUGGGUGGGGGUCUCACGGCCCCGGAGUGGGAGGUGCGUGGGGUAAAACUGAUGCCCGGGGCGGGGGUCUCCUCCCGGUGCCCGCAGGGUCCCGGUGCUGCGGUGCCGCCCGGUACCGACAGAGGGCGCCGCGGGCGGGGUCGCCCCCGCCUCCCCCGGGGCGGAUAGAGGGACCGGGAGCGGGACCGGGACCGGGAGCGCGCGGGAUGCUCCCGGGAGUGCUCCGCCUGCUCUGCUGCGCCGCUGCCCUGCUCGCUGCUGCAGGUCUAGAGCCAGGACAUGGCACCAAUCCUUCCCCUGCAGUGGAACUAAGCAGCUCAGGGACAGCUGUGUCACCAACUUCAUCCAGGACACCGGGAUCAACAGCACAUCCAGCAUCUGCAUCCAACAUCACCAUGAAACCAUCUUCAUCCAGGAAAACGGGAUCAACAGCACCUCCAGCAUCUCCAUCCAACACCACCACACCAACUCCAUCCAAGACACUGGGAUCAACAGCACCUCCAGCAGCUCCAUCCAACACCACGAUGGAACCAUCUUCACCCAGGACACCGGGAUCAGCAGCACCUCCAUCCAACAUGACCACGGCACCUACUCCAUCCCACCCAAGUGUGCCCAGAUCCAACUCGACAGCAGUGCCGGCCCCAUCCUCACCCAGGCCCCCUGGGCCCGCUCCUGCUCCCAACGCCAGCACACCCACUGUGAGCCCUGGUCCCAACAGCACCUUGGCCACCAGCUCCAGAACGACAGUGGCCAUCGGCAUCGCGGCCGGCAGCUCAGAGCAUCAGCUGAGCUCUGGCGUGGUCAUCGUCAUCUGCCUCCUGGUCUGUGUGCUGGUGGGGGGCACGGCGGUGCUGCUGGUGCGGCUGUGCCGGCGCAGGACCACCCGCUUCCGCCACCUGGACGAGGUGCCCAUGAGCAAGGUGCUGGAGGAGUCCCCUGUCACCCACCCCACACCCAGGUGACCCCCUGCCUCUGCCCCGGCCCCCCCCGGGACUCCCCGCGCUGCUGAAUAAAGAAGCUGCUCCUCA